AUGGCGUCGGUGGCCGGCGACGUGAAUGUGUUUGAACCAGCGCGCUUCGAAUCGCUCUAUGACACCAUACACACUGUGACAACGGUGCCAGAUGCUUGUGUACAUGACUGGUACUUGAAUGUUGAGCGGAAUCGGAGUCCUCUCACCAAUCUAGGACGUGUGCGUGCGCCAAAUGAGGCAGAGCGUCGAGAUAUCUCGAAGGGUGUGAUUGUGCUGGGUGGGCAGUCACAGACGCUGAAUGCUGAUUUUGUUGCUCAGACGCUUCUCUUGUCUGAUGAAUUGCAUGUGUCGGAGACGUAUGCUGCAUCCCUUCUGCAGGAGGGAAUCGCCGCGCGUGCGCGCUGGGGCCGCUCACCAUCAGAAGUUGCGUGUCUAUUAUACUACCGUGAGCGUCUGGCGCUCCUUGCAUGCCUGAAGGAACUCGCUCGUGGCACAUAUACCCUGUGUGUCGGUGGUGAUCUGCGAACAGGCAUUCGGAUGAGCCGUCUUCUUGACGAUCUUGUAUCUGGCGAUGUGCUCGUGCAGAACCUGCUCGUGGAGCUGGAUACGCUCCGUGCAGAGCGCGAGCGCGUGCGUACGUCGAUGCAAAAGCCACCAUCGGCCAAUGCACGACUUAGUGACGAGGUUCAGAUGGAGCGCUUGACGUGGAUCAGUCAGGCUGAGCAAGAGCUUGGUCAUGUUGCAUACCUGUUAGCGCUAGCGCGACGACUAGUGCCUAGUGCCAUCGAGGCCGUCAUGACAUUCCUGAGCAAGGCCACACUGCCUCCGGUCGAGUCUGCGGCAUCGGUGCCUACGACAAGUGUAUACUUGAUGACGGCUGUGCUUGCCGUCUUCGACACAGUCCCGGACGAAGCGGGUGAAUGGCUCGCACAGCACAGCACAGCGCCGUUGUGCACGGCAGAGGCUUUGUGCGGCGAUGUUCGCUGUCUGCAGGCGCUUUUGCGCAGCGUGUCUCAGUCGGCGUGGGCGACGCCUGGACUCCAACAUGUGGUCCAACUCCAGCUGGCUUUGUUUCUCACUGACGCGCUAACCUCACAUACCACUCUCGCGCCUGCGUUGGGUCAGUCCGCGGACGACGUACAGCUCCUGGCAUCGCGGGCCAUCACAGCCGAUGGCGAUGCAUCCGCACUCUUGUUCCUCUUGCUACGUGUGCUGUCGUUCCGCCGUGCGCCUGAAGAUGAGUUGGAUGUGGACGAAGUAGCACCUGCCGCGAUGGAUGUCGAGUUUCAAGAAUAUGUGCUUCAACAAGUGGAGCAUCUUGUUUUGGGUCUCACUACGACGUGUUUUCCGCUGCUUCGCAAGCUGCAGCGUGCAGAAGAGGACGCAGCGAUCUCGGUAUUGCGUGCAUCCUCACGCCCUGUCACAGGAGCUGGUGUUAGCGCUGGUAGCCUGGGAAGCAGUGGAACCGGUGCGGGUGGCGCGCCACUUGCUCGGCGCUACGACAUCGAGGCGUUCUUCGACCUCGUGGCUCUUUUGUGCCGAGGGCGACCAGAAUCGGGACUUGCUUUCUGGCAGGGACCUGACCGACGUAUAUCUCGCUUCCUCCUUUGGGCUGUGGAUACUCGCGAGCUGGGACAGCAACGGGCUUUUCUGGGCAUGCUAGCGUCGCUCGCUGAGGGCGAGCAGUGUGCUGCCUAUGCGCACGCCCUUCUCGAACAUGAUGCAGGAGCUCCUGCCGGCAGCGAGCGCCGUCUCGUGACGUGGACACGCCUCUUUGAGUGGAUGGCUCACUACAUAGAGGCGUUCCAGCGGCACGCUGUCGCUGUCAUGCCACCGGAUGAGUUGGUGUUGUUGCGUGCGUUUCUCAACGUACUUGCUACUGUCGUGCGGUACAGCGCAGCCACGCGCGAUGCUUUGUUCUGGCACAAGGAGUACAUGCCGGUCGAUCGCCUGUUCUCGCUAUACGCAUGUGCCGUGCCAAUGGACUUGAAAGCAGCAAUUCUUCGUGCUAUUGGCGCGUUUGCUGUCCAAUCUGGCACCAGCACAUCUGCACGCAUUGUAACCGUGCUGUGGGAGCGCCUGAAUCUGAGCGGUGCUGUCCGCAGCGUUCGUGGUGAGCCGCCGCGUGCCUUGUACGAGCUUGAGAACGUGGAAUGCGUGCAUGGGCGCUUUCCAAGCACGCAUGCCCUCGUCGAUCUGCUGAGCGCCAUUGUGCCACAUGUUGCGCCUGCAUCUCAGGCUGACACGCUUGUCGCCUAUAUGCGUGACGCAUCGCUUCCGUGGUGGCAUUCAGGACGCAACUCAACCACCGCCUCCAGCACCACCGCGAGCACCAGUCAUGGUAGCGGCAACUCCAUGUCCACUUCAAUGUAUGUGGCAUACGUCCUGGACCAUGUGCUUCUGCCAGCGUCCAAUCGCACCUAUGCACGACCGGCAGAACGUUGGGCCAUCUCUGCGUCAUGUUUGGAAUUCGCCGAAAAGUGCCUUGCGACGCUUCCUGUUGCGCCUGUUGACACAGCGCACCCAGGCUUUGAUGUGCUGCGGCGUCUGUUGAGUGGCACGCCUCUCUUGCGGGAACUGUUCUUUUUCGUGCAUCCAGAUCCCUCGUGUGCAGGGUAUGAAGUCAUCAAUAUGAACCGCGCACAAACACCCGACUUUUCUCGAGCUGUACGAGCAGCAUUACGGAUUCUCCUCCGCAUGCUCGAGGUCCAGAACGAUGUGCUCCACAAUGUCCCCUCUAUCAACGACCACGCUGCAGUGAAGGAUCGUGCACUCUUCUUGGCGUUGGACGUUCACCUGUUGCAAGCGCACCAGGUCGUUGUACAGAUAGCGCUGUACAUCCUGUGUGUCGAUACAGAGAUUGCUUGGCUUGCUGUGCGCUUACUCGGCGCUCUCGCUCGGACAUCAACGUUCCAAGCCACAGAUGCUUUUGGACCGCUUCGCGCACGUACCUCCCGCAACCGUUUGGCCGGCCUUCUUGACAUGGCAGGUGAGACAGCGCGCGUCACGAGUGGCGUUCUUGCAUGGCUUGAGGCGGACACUGGCAUGGACGCUGAUUCUGAUAAUCUUAACUAUGACGCGGACGUGAAUGGAAACUACCAUGCUCCCGGCACAACAGCCCACAUGGAUAUGAGCUCGUCGCUCAGCGACGCAGAUGGAGUCGCCAGUCUUAACGAUACAGCCACAGGCAUCCUGCCGGCCAAGAUUCAGAAGGAGCUCUUAGACCUGUUUCUCGAGCAACUCGUACCUGACGCACCUGCGCCCAACGUCGCGCAUCUGCUUCUUGGCUUCGACAUGGACGCAAGCGAUCCGGAUCGUCUCGUGCAUGAAUCGCGGGACGCCAUCCUCCUUACUCUAGUGCAGCGAGUAACACCACCCUGUACGUGGCCGCCCACGCUGGCGGAACGGUGCUAUGCUGUGCUUCAGCGAGCAUGUGUCCACCCGUACACUAGUGCGUCCAUGCUGCGCUUCCUACGAACGCAUGACUUUGUGGCGACACAGCUGCGGUCGCUGCCACUGGUGCCAUUGUCGGUCACGUCGUCUUCUUCGGCGACUGGCCCUUCGUUUGGCACACUCAUGUAUGCUUCAGGCGAGACGGUUAGCACGCGCACGGAGUGGGCGCUUGCCUUGCUCCGCACACACGCACACAUCCUUUCGCUUGUAGCUUUGGAGCUGCAUACUCUUGCUGCACAUGGCCAGCUGCAGCGUGCUGUGCCGCUCAUGACGCUUCUCCUGGGCGAGCCGGUGAUGCACGGCACAGGCGGUGGCAGUGGCCGGUGGCGCCCUUUGCUAGAAGCGACGCACGUGACCUGGGAGAACGCAGCGGAGGACAGCGUUUCGGAGCCGAAGUGGGUAGCUGCUCGUCUCGCCCCAGCCCUCGUCCCUGAUACCGCCUCUGCGGCCCGUGUAUACGACAUCCACGAGGUAGCUGCCCUUCUCCUGGAAGAACGUGGCACGCAGGAGCACACGGUUUGGUUUGAGCAGGCACGCCGCAUCUUGCUAUGGGCCGCUGCGCAGAACACUCGUCGCGCAUUCGCUUACGCACGCAGGGAAGCAUUUAUUGCGUGGCGACAAGUCAUGGAAGUCCUCGUUGGGCAGGCACUCACAACCGUUGUUCGAGCCGACGUUCGUGUGCCGAUCUUGCUAGACUGUGCGAAUGCGCUACUUCCUCGGUUGCAGGACCAAGACGAUGCGUUGGUCCCAAGUAUUGCGGCCAGUACUAUCCUGUCGCUCCUGCAUGCUGUACGUGAGCAUGAGGAUGUGCCGGCUGAACGACUUGUAUUGAUCGUCCGUGCUAUUCUGGACGUUUUGAGUUUCGGCACACAGGCAAGUACUCGCUGCGACUUGUACCUGAGUUUGGUUUGUGCACAACAACUUGUGUGCAGUCGCUCCUCAGUCAGCCAUGGUGGCCGUGCAGCUGCCGCUCAUCGCGUUUACUCUCUUUUUGCGACCCAUGCCGCUCAUCUUGUGAAUGUUCUCGCACGCGAUGCGCUAGAUGGCUCGGACGUAGCACAGACCGUAUCUCUCACGACGCUGAGUCAUCUUGUGGCCUGGGAUGGUGCGUCGUCCACGGCAUCGUCCCCAUCGCCAGCAAGCGCGUCCGUGUUGCCUGCACUGCACAUUGGUGAGAAGCUUGCAUCAGCUGGCUUCUUGAAGAGUCUUGCCCUCCGUAUCCACGAGCUUGAUGUGCCGCUGCAAGCAACACUCACGCCCGAUCCGCCCUCGCUGAAUGCUCUGUAUGUCUAUGAGGCAUUACUGAGUGUAUUGGGCCGUCUAGCGCGAAGCAAGGCAUCUCUGUUGCUAGAAGCGCGCAUCGUUGACGUUCUGGCGCGCGUUGACUUUCCUUCACUGCGGCCUGAGCACACGCUUGAUGAUAUGGAUGGAUUCCUACCGCCUGUGGCUGAGCGGUACGCUAGCUUGCUGAUGCCACUUCUCCAGCUGCUUGUUACGCUCCUCAUGUCCGUGCCGCAGGCGCGCGAGAGCGUGCAUGCUGUUCUGGUCGCUCACCAGGAUGCUUUCCUGGCCGCACUGCACGCUGCCACUCAUUCGUCUGCCGGCACAGGCGAUGUUGAGCAGGCAGCCCUGCUCGUGCAGAUCCUUACAUUCAUGACGCCUCCGCUGCUACCGACGCCGCCACCAUUUCAUGCUGCAUGUCUUGCUUUGGCCGCAACCUACUUGGUGCCGAAUGCGCACGAGGCUCUCAAGCCACUGACACUAGCGGAGCGAGAAGACGCAUCCAUCUUUGCUCCGACUUAUAAUGGCUUAGUGCAGACAGCACCAGAUGCGCGUCUGACCUUGUUUGAUGCAUCGGCACGGCGUGUUGUAGACCGCCUCGCACGUGCACUCGUGCAGUACAUGGAGCUGGCAAGCAGUCACGGCGAGGCACGCGCCAUUCUUGUGCCGUCAAUGCAUGUCGCUCGUGUGUCAGACCAUGCAUCGUCCGCCGCGCGAAUUGUUGCUGCGCCGUCCUUAGGCGUUGCAAUCGCCGCCCUGGGAGAGCAGUGUGCAUCAGUCGCACUUGCACUCUCGAGCUUGGAUCGGGUCAACGCGCUUCUCCGUGAUCCCGAGUCCGUGCAUGCUGACGAGUGGACUGACAUGGCACAAGAUGCAGGACUUCUGUCACUCUCAGCUUCUUCAGCCCUUACAAUGCAAUGCCGUGCAGCGUGUGAAAAAGCACUAGACUGUGUGUCGAAGGAUCUCACUGCGACAGUGUUAGCAAAACUCGACAUGAUCGAACGCUGGCUUGUGAUGCUCGUACGCCACCUAGACCUGUUUAUGCGGAUCGGUGGCGCCUCGCGUGCCUCUUUCGAUGCAGCAGCCUUGCGUUCAAGUGCUAACGCAGCGCUUCUCCCGAUUCUAGACGACCAACUUGCGUACUUGACGGUGCCGUCCCAUCUUGUGCCUUCUGCUGAUGAACACGUCACAUUCCUUCAUAUCAGUGCGCGUCGUGUAGCCGAGCGUCUCUUAGAAACAUCACCUUUGUAA